AUGCCCCGGCGAAUUGGAGACAUUGACGGCGACUCAGAUUCCGAUGUAUCCAUUUUUGACGACGCUGAAGGGGUGACACGUGGGAAAGGGAAAGGGAAGGGAAAGGCUAUCGAUCGACGGAAGAAGAACAAAGGAAAGGGCAAGGCUAAGGAGCAACCGUAUGCAUGGGAGGCAUCAUACACUCGAUCUUGGGAUACUGUGCAGGAGGACGAAGCGGGAAGUCUUCAAGGCGCUGUUGAAGAUCUAAUUGCGCGAGGUAGACGCAGACGACUACUGGCCCCGGCUGCCGCUAUUCGACGCUCUAUUAUCCGUCACCUUGUUCUUCUGCUUGACCUCUCCUCAGCUAUGAUGGAUCGCGACAUGCGGCCGACGCGCUUUGACUUGAUGCUGCAGUACACGCGUGACUUCAUCAACGAGUGGUUCGACCAGAAUCCUUUGGGACAGAUCGGUAUUGUGGGGAUGAGAGGAGGGAUUGGUGAGCGAAUUGAAGAGAUGUCUGGCAACCCGCAGGAAAUCUUGAAGGCCAUCUCCGAGAGACACAAAUUGGAGCCCGCAGGUGAGCCAAGUCUGCAAAAUGCAAUCGAGAUGGCACGAAGUAGUAUGAGCCAUCUCCCAACACACUCCUCCCGCGAGAUACUGGUCAUCUUUGGUUCUCUGACAACCUGCGACCCCGGAAACAUCCACGACACACUUGACGAAUGCGUCAAGGAUCGCAUCCGCAUCUCGAUCGUCGCGCUAGCCGCUGAAAUGAAAAUUUGCAGAGAUCUCUGCGAGAAAACUGGGGGCCAGUUUGGUGUUGCCCUCAACGAAGGUCACUUCAAAGAUCUGCUGUUUGAACUGAUCCCUCCACCGGCUCAACGUGCCAUGACGCGCACUGCAAGCGGCACACCCUCUAACCCUGCCGCGGACCUCAUGAUGAUGGGCUUUCCGACGCGUCUGCCCGAUACCUCACCGCCGACUCUCUGCGUGUGCCACUCUCAGCUGAAGAGCGAGGGCUUCUUGUGUCCCCGCUGCCUGGCGAAAGUGUGCGACGUGCCGACGGACUGCGACAUCUGUGGUUUGAUGAUCGUGAGCUCGCCGCAUCUUGCACGGAGUUACCAUCAUCUUUUUCCGGUGAAGCCCUAUCAAGCCAUCAUGUCACUUGAAGACUCGAUGGACAUAACUUCAACGUGUCAUGGUUGCGGUUUGACGUUCCAGACGGCGGGCAGUGGUGGCGUGACGGAGGGCAUGAGCCCUCUCGGUCGAUAUCGUUGUCCAGAGUGUCACAACGACUUCUGCGCAGAUUGUGAUGUGUUCGUCCAUGAUGUUGUCCACUGCUGUCCCGGUUGCGGGAAGUGA